AUGGCCGCCACCGCCCCCACCAUCAAGAUGGGCACGCGGCGGUCCGCGCUGGCGCUGCGGCAGACGGAGCUGGUCAUCGCGGCGCUGCAGAGCGCGCACCCGCACGUCACCUUCGAGGUGCACGCGAUGGCGACGGCGGGCGACCGCGACAAGUCGACCCCGCUCCCCGAGAUGGGCAAGGGCCUGUGGACGUCGGAGCUCGAGGCCAAGCUGGUCGCCCGCGACGUCGACGUCAUCGUCCACUCCCUCAAGGACAUGCCCACCACCCUGCCGGAGGGCUGUGUCCUGCGCUGCGUCCCCGCCCGCGAGGACCCCCGCGACGUGGUCAUCUUUAGCAAGGCCCGUGAGGAGGCUGGGCGGUAUAAGAAGUUGAAGGAUUUGCCCGAGGGGGCGGUCGUGGGCACGAGCAGCGUGCGGAGGGCGGCGCAGCUGAAGAGGCGCUAUCCCGGGCUGGUGUUCCGGGAUGUGCGCGGGAACAUUGAGACGCGGUUGCGGAAGUGUGAUGAGGAGGGGUUCGAUGCCAUUAUUCUUGCGGCGGCGGGGCUGUUGAGGUUAGAUCUUGGUGCGAGGAUCGCGCAGUACCUAGACUCGAACACGGAAGGGGGCGGGCUGCUCCAUGCCGUGGGCCAGGGUGGGCUGGGGUUGGAGGUGCGGGAGGAUGAUGAGCAAAUGAAGGAGCUGUUGAAGGCCAUCGAGGAUACGCCCACCAUGACCGCAUGCUUUGCGGAGCGGAGCGUCAUGAGGACCUUGGAGGGAGGGUGCAGCGUGCCGAUCGGUGUGGAGACGGCGUGGGUAGAAGAGGAGGAGGCUGGCGAGAAGAAGAAGAAGCUCCAGUUGCGGGCGGUGGUCGUGAGCUUGGACGGGAGUCAAGCUGUGGAAGGUGAGAAGACACAGGAGGUCACCAGCCUGGAGCAAGCAGAGGCUAUGGGUAAGGAGUUGGCCCAAGAGCUUGCCGGACGGGGAGCACAACAGAUACUGGACGAGAUCAACAAGGGGCGGGACUCCGGGGCCGCAGUAAAGGUUGGCGCAUAA